ACGGCUCAAUUAGACUAUCCAUCUUUGGUAUGGAGUAAUAUUGGAUGUCAGUUAGCAAUAAUUGAUGAAAGAACCAGGAUGUGGUGGCGAUGUCAAGACAUCCGAUUAUGCCUAGAUCAAAUUCGACAAGUCCUCGAACUGGACAGUAAAAUCCGCAAACUGGCCCAAAUGUUGUACAACAAACGAAGUAUUCUGGUCAUGGGUCGCGGAAGCAAUUACGCUACCUGUCUUGAAGGCGCUUUGAAAAUCAAAGAAUUGACUUACCUGCACGCGGAGGGAAUCCUCAGUGGCGAGUUGAAACACGGUCCAUUGGCUUUGGUGGACAGUGAAAUAGCCAUUAUCAUGCUAAUCACGCGGGACGGAUUGUUUAAUAAAUCGUUAAACGCAUUGCAUGAAGUCUGCGCCCGACGGGGUAAUCCGAUUUUGAUCUGCACCGAAGGUGACGAGGACAUUUUUAACUGUAAAAAUACCACUAUUGCUAUUCCCAAUACGGUGGACUGUCUACAAAGCAUUCUGGCUGUGAUACCGCUCCAGUUACUGGCGUUCCAUAUUGCCGUGCUAAGGGGUCUAGAUGUGAUUGGCAGCCCGUACCACUUAGCCGAUGGUGUUGUACUGUAA